CAUGGACUGGAGGAGGGGCGCAGUCGGCUCUGAUACUUUAAAUAUUCCGUUUCAACAAAAAAAGGAGGGUCUUACUUAUAGAAAAGGGAGGUCCUCAGAUACCACCCGGAAAACUUGGUGCUUAAAUAUUUUUUUGUUUAAUGAAAUUUUAAUUUCUUACCUGUUUACAACCCAAGGGACCGAGUGAUGAAAAGUUCCUGGAUUAGUGUGGAAUUAGCAUAAAGCCUGGCGUUGCGAAGUAGCCAGCAAGUGAACAAGAGGAGUGAGAGAGCCAAAGUGCAAGAAAGAGAGAAAGCUCAGACGGAGAGACACACACAUCCUGCAACACCAGGACAAGUCCCAGAGAGCAGAGGACCUUCAUCCUUCUGCAACAGGACAACAGAGUUGCCAAUAUGGAGGAAAAACAGUUUUCUGGCAUUUUGAAUGGAGCGGUCCCAGGCGAACAAGUGAAGAAGGACGAGAAUUCUCGGCGAGGAAACUGGGGGAACCAGAUUGAGUUUGUCCUGACUAGUGUGGGCUACGCAGUGGGGCUGGGCAAUGUCUGGAGGUUCCCUUACCUUUGUUACAGGAAUGGCGGAGGUGCCUUCAUGUUUCCAUACUUUAUCAUGCUGGUGUUUUGUGGCAUCCCGCUGUUUUUCUUGGAGCUCUCCUUUGGUCAGUUCACCUCAUUGGGUUGUCUGGGAGUGUGGAAGGUCAGCCCCAUGUUCAAAGGUGUUGGCUAUGGAAUGAUGGUGGUCUCCACUUACAUCGGCAUCUAUUACAACGUGGUCAUCUGUAUCGCAAUCUACUACUUUUUCACAUCCAUGACCAAUCUGCUGCCAUGGACAUACUGCAACAACCCAUGGAACACCCCAGACUGCAGUGGCGUAGCAGGCACACUGCGGAACGCAACCUUCACCAAUGUCACCGCUAAUGUAGUGUCCGGCCUCACCGAGGUGAUCAGCCGCAACAAGAGGACGAGUCCCAGUGAGGAAUACUGGAGGAACUAUGUACUGAACGUCUCAGAUGGCAUAGGGAACUUCGGUGAAGUGCGACUCCCCAUCCUGGGCUGCCUGGCUGUUUCCUGGUUGGUGGUGUUCCUCUGCCUCAUCCGUGGGGUAAAGUCCUCUGGCAAGGUGGUGUACUUCACAGCAACCUUCCCAUACGUAGUGCUGACCAUUCUCUUCAUUCGAGGCAUCACGUUAGACGGUGCUGUCAGUGGAAUUAAAUACUACCUCACUCCUCAGUGGCAGAAAAUCCUGGAUGCAAAGGUGUGGGGUGAUGCUGCUUCUCAGAUUUUCUACUCUCUGGGCUGUGCCUGGGGUGGGCUCAUCACCAUGGCAUCUUAUAACAAAUUUCACAACAACUGUUUCAGAGACAGCAUCAUUAUCAGCGUGACGAACUGUGCAACAAGCGUGUACGCCGGCUUUGUCAUCUUCUCCAUCCUCGGCUUCAUGGCACAGCACCUGGGGGUGGACGUGUCCGAGGUUGCUGACCACGGACCAGGCCUUGCCUUCGUCGCCUACCCAGAAGCCCUGACGCUGCUUCCCAUCUCGCCACUCUGGUCGCUGCUUUUCUUCUUCAUGCUCAUCCUCCUGGGUCUCGGCACGCAGUUCUGUCUUUUGGAGACAUUAGUGACCGCCGUAGUGGACGAGAUUGGCACAGACUGGAUCAUCCGAAACAAAACCUACAUCACACUUGUCGUGGCCAUCCUCGGGUUUCUCUUAGGAGUGCCACUGACCACACAGGCAGGAAUCUACUGGCUGCUGCUGAUGGAUAACUACGCUGCCAGCUUUUCACUAGUCAUCAUCUCCUGCAUCAUGUGCAUUUGCAUCAUGUAUGUUUACGGCCACAGAAACUACUUCAAGGAUGUGGAGAUGAUGCUGGGCUUCCCUCCACCGGUGUUCUUCAGGGUGUGUUGGAGGUUCAUCUCUCCGCUCAUUAUCUCGUUUAUCCUGAUCUUCACGGUGAUCCAGUACAAACCCAUCACUUACAACGAUUACGUGUACCCCGACUGGUCUCUGGUCAUCGGCUUCCUCAUGGCCCUGUCUUCGGUCAUCUGUAUUCCCGUCUAUGCCCUUUUCAAGAUUGCGGUGUCUGACGGAACCACAUUUUGGGAGCGGUUGAAGAACUCAAUGAAGCCACAUCCCAGCUGGGGUCCGGCGCUGCAAGAGCACCGCAAGGGCCGCUACGCCACGGCCGGACCCGAAUCCGUGGAGGUCCGUACUCUUAAAGACGAGGAGAAAGAGAAAGAUCAAGAGAAAGAGAAGAAGGAAGAGAUCGGGCUCACCAUAAAGGGCAGCAACGGAUCUACGCUCAACCCGUCACCCAGCGUAUAGACGCGAGGCCAUCCCUGCUGAACCUUUACAUAUUGUAAGGGCUUUAUUACUCCUAACCUCUAGAGAGAAUCAGUUCUCAUCCCAACCCUUCUUUUGUUCCUUUUUAAUUUAAUAAUGCUGUUUUUGUAAGUACAAAAAAAAAAUGUGUUCAUAUGCAUACACAGGAAGUCUUUUAUGCAUCCCUACCUUGUGUGUAUAUAUAUAUAGUGCAGCGUGGGAUAUAUUGGUUUCGUUCUCCUUCCAUGUAAAAUUUUAGCUGGAAAUAUGACUACUUUUGCUGCAGCUGUAGGUUUCGGCUUGUUGUGUGUACAGCGGUAAUAGUGCUGGUCGGGUUAAAAGCUGAAGACCAAACGUUCUUUGACUAUAGUGAACAUACUAUGGAUAAUUUUGUCCCAGCCACAUACAUUUUUAUUUUUUACUUUUUUUUUGUUUGUUUUUUUAACCCACUGCCCCUGACUGUAGCCUUUCAUCAAAGGUUGUAUUUGGUCGUUUUUAACAGAAUCCACACCUUUUACUUGGGUAAAGAGAUGCACAAGAUACAAAGCACAAAGGAUAUUUUGCCUUCAGCUUUUAGAACAGCUACUGAAGGAAACUCCCUCGAUCUAAGCACAUUAAGUUCCCAAACCCAUUCUCAGGGUUGUGCACAAUUUGUUUUUUUUGUUUUGUUUUGUUUUUUGUCAUGCUAACAUUUCUAACUUAAGAUAUGACUUCUAAGAGACUAGUCUUCCAUUUUGAAUAUAGAAUAUAUAUGUAGUGAGUGAACGAUCAUUCGAGAGAUGGCAGGGGUGAUGUUGCCAUUGACAGUACUGUAGUGUGCGCGCACACACACACACACACAUAUAUAUAUAUAUACAAGGAGUGUCUUGAGGUAAAAAAAAAAAAAAACAAUAAUUAAGCAAAAAGAAAGAAAAGGGUAUGUUAUGCACAAAGCCCCUACAUCCUGGGGGCAUUGCUGGUGUGUGUGUGUGUGUGUGUGUGUGUGUGUGUGUGUGUGUGUGUGUGUGUGUGUGUGUGUGUGUGUGUUUAAAUAUUUCUGUUUAGUAUCAUCUUUUUUAAAGUCUGUCCUCACCACACCGAUUAAAGAGAUAUAAGAGAUGUGCUGCAGUCAGGUGGAGACAAAGAGUUAAUGCUGGAGAUAAACUUGUGAUUAAGGAAAUCAGUCAUCAUCACUGAAUUUACUAAAUUGCGUAGUCUGUGUAAUACAUAGAAUAGAGCUUUACUGACAUUCUUCAUCGUUCCGUACGUCACUAAAUCAUUGUGUGUUUAUUUUGUGAAGAGGCUAGAGGAUCACGUGUAAUCACUUUUUAAUGUGUACCAUUCCUCAAUCGUGAAUUGAAUGUUUGUGUUGUAUUUUGCGAAAGAGGCGACGUAUGGUUUUGGGUCUUGAGCUGUUUGCUGGAAUCGUCAUUGUGCGUCGUUCCAGUCUUGCAAAAAGUCCCCAAGGUCACGGUGAGCCACAUUCUCAGUGUUAGCAGGAUGUUGGACAUGUUUAUGUUAGGGAUAUUGCUAGCCAGCACCAGAGGAAGGCUGUGGUCUAGCGAUGUAGCUGCUAUAAGUGCAUUUCUUGAUGCAACUGCGUUUUAUUUCUUCUUUAAAAAAAAAAAAAUCUCUUUAACAAGUACAUCAAUGUGUCAUAUUUGGCAUUCGAAUAUAUUAAUUUUUAUUCGUUUUGUAGUUUUCCUUUUUGUUUGAUAACCUCUUGAUGAAAUUGAUAUUUUUCCUCCCAGAAAGUGUAGAAAAAGGGUACAAACUAACAUACAGCAAUAAAAAAAAAAGAAAAGAAAAAUAGAAGAAAAAAAAAAGAAAAAGGAAGUAGUCGGGGGUGAGAGGUAUCGAUGCCCAGUUAGGCACAGCACAGUGCAAAUCCUUUACGGAAAUAACAAGCACAGGCUAAAACCCGGUCAGUGCAAUGAUUUUACAUUACUUGACUUACUUUUACAGAGAGAAGAGAACUGCAUACACCAAUCCACAGCUUGUAAUCCAUUCAUUGAAUAUAACUGAAACUCUUUAAACACACACUUUUAGCUUUCAGGGAUUUUUCUUUACCUCAUUUUCUCUCAGCUUGAGCAUUUCUAAAUCCUACCCACAAUCCCUCUUUCCCUACAAUAACGUGUUCCUAUCAGACACGUGCAGCUCUACUACCACAUCUUCAAGCAAAGUGCUAGCUCUUCAUAUAUACAAGUUAGUGUCACUCUGAUUGACAGAGGAGAGAGUAAUGUGUCAUCCUUCCCUCCCAGAUAGUGCGGUCAAGUUUGCUCUCUUGGUCGUCUGGCCACAGAUAUGGCUGUAGCAUCAUUCAAAAUCGCAAUAUCCCAAGGACUGGAAGAGGCAGGGAGUGUUUUGUCAGUGCUUCCAGGAAAAGGCAUUAAUUUGACACUGCAAACAGACCACAUUUACUUUCUGUAGUUUCAGAAAUGUUCUAAUAGCUUCAAAGGUCAUGAGCGUGACUACAUUUUGCAUUGAAAAAUAGCAAAGUUGCACGAUUCCCUACACUAUCAUCCUGAGGCUAGCCUUCACUUGACUGGUAGCUGUUGUGUGAUACGAGAGAGAAAUCUGCCACCCUGCAACGAUCUAAUUGUUAAGCAACGAUCGUGAUGUGAAAAAUUUUUUUUUUUUUAUAUAUAUAUAAGCGCAUGCAAGCUCUCCCAUGCCAGUAAUGAUUACUUAUGUCAUGCAGUACGAAUGCACUGUGUUGAUGCAUGAAGGACGUGUUCAUACCGUGAACCGUAGCCCACAAACUGUGUCCGUUUUAGCAUUUAACUCGAUGUUCUGAACCUCCGCCUCUCAAAUGAAUAUAUUAUUAGUGAGUAGAAUUCAGUUCAUUCUUGUCUACGUUAGCGAUGACGAGACUUGGUCUGAUGCAAAUGCACCCUGGUCCUGUACUGUUUCAUGUUACAGUGAAAAGCUGUACAAUAUUGAUGUACAAAACAAUCAUUACAUAACUGGACUGGUGUGGAUGUGCAUUUCUGAAAAUGAUUUGCUUUUUUUUGUUUUGUUUUUUUAACAUAUCGGGGAACAUAUUGUAGCUCGUUCGGUUCGGUUUUUGCUUCUUUUUGUUAGCCGGUGUUUCUGUAUACUCUGUGAAAAUCUUUCAAUAGCGAGUCUUUACUUAGUACAGAAUAAUAUCAGUAUCGAUGUGAUUUUAAAUCCGUGUGUACUGUAGCUAGCAACGUGGUCAUUUAACAAAGAGUUGACCUUUUUACGAAAGUCGCUUUUCUUUUCUUUUUUGUAGUACUAAAACUGUAUGUUAUCUUAAAUUUGUAUUUGUUUUUUUUUUUUUGUAUCUAUACAGUGACACUGUUUAUUUUAUCUCAAGCUCCUUAAACCAGCUGAUAUCAAAUACGUUGCCAAACUAACACUCUGGACUGAAACUUGAAGCACAGAGGAACGAUUCUUUCUUCUCAACUAAGAAAGAACACUCACUGCUUUUACGACGAAUGCACAGUACAGCCGCAGGUGUAAAUGGUGCUUCCACCAUAACACACUGUAAUCCAUUCUGCCUGAACCACACUCCCUAAAGCAUGCUGUAGUGUCCAGCUGGAGGCGUACUCCAAACUCUUUCCAUAGAAGUGUUCGAUAGAAGAGUUCCCUUUUUUUUAUUUUUUUUUUGUUAACUUGUUGAGUGGGUACUCAGGUGUACUAUUACAAAGGAGAGAAAGUUGAAAAUUGAAUAUAGGCUAAUCAGCAACUUGCUAAUAUUAUUAUGUUGCCUUUGUAGAAAUCAACAUUCUGUUUUCCUAUUUAAGCUUAGACAAACAUUUAUCAAGAGUAACUCCUCCUAGGGCUUUCGAGCCACAUGCACCAAAUUCGGAUAUGUUGUAGAUCCUGGUCUGAAGUUUGUUGCUAU